AUGCCUCCAAAGAAGUGCAAGCCUAGCAAAUCCAACGUUUCGCGCACACGAAAAUGCGACGAAGCAGACAACACUCUUAAUCCGCAAGCACAGCAGAAGCCAAGGCGGAUCCUACCUGGCCCUCCCAAGACAAGUAUCGAUUCUAACGGUACUAUUGCUCAGGUUCAAGAGUAUAGUAAACAUGGGUAUGAUGGCCCCAUUGACUUCACGAAACCCAUCCCAAGACCUGCUGGAUAUGGACCUGCUUUUAUGACUACUGUGCUUCCGUAUCUAAAGCCUCGAGCUCCUGCUGCUGGUCCCGAUCCAGCGAUAAAACAAGAACCUUUUGGUCCUCCACCAGCCACUGCUUUGGUCGGCGAUCACAAAUGUCAACAAACGCAGAAGGUUGGAGAUGGUGUCGCUUGUGUAAAUCGGACAAAAAACGUGCGGCCUGCUGUUCCGUCACCAGGUAUGAUGGGUCCACCAACACAGCCAUUCCGACAUGACAGGAGCUCUGAAGUUCGUAUUUUUCAGGAUGCCGAGCUUGAGCGAGCGUGCCAGGAAUUGAGGCCGGAUCAAGGGCACCUUCAGGUUACGCCCCCUGGUGUCAUGGCCGACGAUUCGACGCUAACUAUGGAUGAUUUGGAUCCUGCCUGGAUGGCCAUGCUGGAUCAGUCUCUAUUCCCGAAUCCCGGUCCGUCAGAUGAUAGUUACGAUAGAGCUGUACAAGGACCAGAAACAUUUCUCUCCCCGGGCGCUGCUCCUGAUCCCCAUCUAGGUCCUUACAAUGGGGCUAUCGACCCAGCCCUUCUGCCGUCGGUACCUGAAGUUGCACAGGGCAACAACAGCGCCAUCCCAGCGCGUACAGUUCAAGAAUUCAGAACCACUGGUUAUGAUGAUCUAGACUUCGGCUUUGGUGCACCGCACUUGACACAAACGCAGCAACAACAGCCACAACCUGCGUAUCAGGCUCAGGGCACUUACCUCCACCAGGGAGGAAGUUACCCCCAACAGCCCCUUACAUACACGCAACCGCAGUCUCUAGCCUACAGCAAUGGAUAUCCUCCACAGCAGCAGCAAUCGUCGUAUACGCCGCGGUACACCACCAACUAUCCUUCGGAACAGCAGACAAUACCGUCGUAUAUGCCACCCUACGCGAAUAGCCCUCCGCAACAGCAGCAACCAGCUCCGCAAAUGUCUCCAGGGUACCCUAUGACGUAUGCACCGUCCACUCAGUUUAACAACGUCGUGGGCAACAACAUCAUGGUCAUCCACGCCCCGUCGUCGCAAGAUCCCACCCACCCCUUCAAUGUCGGCCAACAAAAUGCUAGACGACUCCGCUUAGAAGUAGAGAGGAGAUGGAGGAGAGAGGCAGAAGAGAAGAAAGGAAUAUUUCGCGCGCAGCCAUACAAGAAGAGAUGA